GUGGGUAGGAAAAGAUUAAUAUUAUAUGGAAUGCUGUGGGAUUUGUUUUCCCUAGAUUGGGAAUCGGUUUUCUCAAUUUUUUAAGGAAAUUGUUUCCUAAAGAAAAUAUGUUUUAAUAAUUUUGACCAAUCGAAUAUGAGAAAAUUAGAAAUGUUUUCCUCCGAUAUUGAACACACCGAUAGUCUUCCAUAGUUGUUAUAGGUUAAUGGGAUCCUUUCUCAUACUCCUGUAUUGUUGGGCUAAUUCUAUCACACAAGAACAUAGUUUGUUUUGCUUCUUGAAGUUCCCAUGUGCUAAAAAUCUGUUAAACUUCACGGCAGCUUUAUUUGGAUUAUUAGUCAGCUGAUUUUGAAACCUAGCAAGUUGUCCUUUGAAGCAACAAAAUUGCUACAUUUCUUCCUAUAAUAUUUUCAAUUUCUGAGUUGCUGGGGAUAGGAUUAAUUUUGCAAUUAUUUCUUUCCUCUUGCGCAACUCCAAGUAAUGACAGGUAAGUAAUGAUAGAAAUGAACAAUCUUUCUUGAAUUAUUUUACUCCUGGUUCAUUGCUCGAAAUAUUGAACAGUUAAAUGCAAUAUAGAAAUCAAUAAUUUAAUCAACGUAUAUAUAGCCUAGAUAAAUGAACUCUGACAUGGUUGUACAAGGUUUCAAAUGAGGUUAAUUAAAUAGCCUUAAAUUGCGCUCUAGUGCUUCUAAAAGAGCUAUCUAUAUUGUGACUACAUGUGAUGCUUUUGUAUCUGUGGCAGAUAAAGACAUACUUUCUCACACUCACACAACUUGAGAGAGAUUUCUCACACUCACACUACUUGAGAGAGAUGGCUUAUGCUGUUGUAACUUCCCUUUUGACAACUCUAGACCAAGUCUUGCAAUUCAAUCCAAGUUUGAUUUCUCACAGUAGGGGAUCCGUUGAUUCACUUUAUGGAACGCUCACUUUCUUGCAAGCUUUCCUUGAGGAUAUAGGAAACCAGAUCAAUGAUCAAGAAGCUUUGAAGUUUUUGGAAGAAAAGAUUAGAGAUGCAGGAUAUAAAGCAGAAGAUAAGAUUGAUUUGUGCCUACGAAGAAUCCAUGUGGCUGAUAAUGAGCACGAUCAAAACAAUGCUCGUCGCAAGAUCUAUGAUGACUUGCAACAAAUAACAAAAGUAAUGGAUUCCAUUCAAGGAGAGGUGAUGAAGUUCAAGAAUGACCACCAACACAUCAAAGAUCUGCCAAUUACAACAACUUCUUUACCUCUCCGCUCAUCAGGGCAUGUCUUGGACGAGGAAAAUACUCUUGUUGGGAUGGAGGAUGACUUCAACAUCAUAAGAGAUCAACUCUUUGGGCAAAUACCGGAGCUGAAUGUUGUCUCAAUUGUUGGUAUGGGCGGCAUCGGUAAGUCAACUCUUGCUAGAAGAACUUUUAAGCAUCCAUCAGUAUUAUGUCGCUUUGAUGUUUCUUCAUGGGUUACCGUCUCUCAAGAAUAUGAUGCAAAAGAAAUGCUUUUGGAUGUAUUAAGCUUCGGUACGCCAGGUGCGAAGGUAAUGUACCGCAGUAUGAGCGAAGAUGAAUUAUUAGACCAAGUGCAUAAAAAAUUGAAAUACAAGAGGUAUCUGAUAGUUUUGGACGAUAUGUGGAGUAUAGAGGCCUGGGACCAAGUAAGAAGAUCAUUUCCGGAUGAUGAAAAUGGAAGUCGCAUCAUGAUUACUACUAGGAUCUUAGAAGUAGCUAACUGUGUUGGUAAUGAUUUCCCUCCUCAUCACAUGUCUUUCCUUAAUCUUGAAGACAGUUGGAAAUUAUUGUCUUUAAAGGUAUUUGUAAAGGAAGAUUGUCCUCCUCAACUGGAGGAAAUAGGCAGGCAGAUAGCACAAAAAUGUCAAGGAUUACCACUCUCAAUUGUAGUGGUUGCGGGGCUUCUCUCCAAGAUCAACAGGACACAUGAUGAUUGGAAAGAAAUUGCUGAAAAUGUGAAUUCGUGCGUCGGUUCAACCUCUGAGCAGUGUUUAGCAAUAUUGGCUUUGAGUUAUAACUACUUGCCUUAUAGCUUAAAAGCUUGUUUUCUUUAUAUGGGGGUUUUCCUAGAAGAUGCAGAAAUUGAUGCGAAUAGGUUGAUUAGUGUUUGGGUCGCUGAGGGUUUUUUGAAGCGGAUUAGUCUCAAAAAGCCAGAAGAGGUGGCGGAAGAGUGUUUAGAGGAUUUGGUUAGCAGAAGUUUGAUUAUGGUUAGUAGCCGUGGACGGGUAAGCGGCAAAAUUAGAAAUUGUAGAAUUCAUGACCUCGUUCGGCUAUUAUGCUUGAAAGAAGGAAAAACUGAGAAGUUUUUUCAGGUCAUAAGUAAAUGUUACCAAGCGUCUUCGGAAGGGGUGGAGAUUGAGCAUCGACUAUUUUUGCAUGAAGAUGCUGUACGAAACCAGAAUCUUGGCCUUGAGAAAUGCAAUUUGGAUUCUAUUCGUACAAUCUUGUGCAUCCGUCAACCACAUACAUUUUUACUCGACUCUGAAUGCUACAAGAUAGUGGAUUCUCGUUUCCAAUUGCUAAGGGUAUUGGAUGUACUAAUGAUUCAAUUUCUACAUUUCCCCACUGAGAUAACACAAUUAGUACACUUGAGAUAUCUUGCUUUUACCACCGGUACAAGCAUUCCAGCAUCAAUAUCUAACCUGUGGAAUCUACAGACAAUGAUUGUUAUUCCAGUUGCACAUCAGUUAUCCUGGCCCUUGGAAAUUUGGAAGAUGUCAAGUUUGAGACAUUUCUUUUCUGGGGGAAUAAGUAUGCCUCUGCCUGCUCCUCCAGAGGCAAAAAAGUUUUCAGGUCUAGAAAACUUAGAGGAGCUUUUUCUAAACGCUGCUUCUUCCAACUGGAAGGCGAUUUUGAUGGCAGUCCCUAACAUAAAGGAAUUAGAUGUUGUGAUCAAUUUAGAUCGUAUUGGAUGGCAUAACCUAAUUGAUAGUCUCAUACAUCUAGUUGAUCUCCAGAAGCUAAGAGUUCAUCUAGCAACUCCGUCCAAUGCACAAUUUUUUCGAAGGCCAGCUGCUUUACUAUCUCACGUAUUUCCAAAAAACCUCAAGAGCUUGACACUUGCAGCGACACAUCUACUGUGGAAGGAUAUGACAAUACUCGGUAACUUACCCAACCUUGAGGUGCUCAAACUAGAAUCUUUUGCUUUUCAAGGGAUCGAUUGGAAUCUGGAUGAAGGGGGCUUCACGAAGCUCAAGUUGCUAGAGAUUUUCAGGACCAACUUGGUGAACUGGCAAGCAACCAGUGAUAGUCUUCCCUGUCUUGAGUAUCUAAUUUUAAGGCAUUGCUAUAAAUUGGAGGAGAUUCCAACAGAGAUUGGAGAUAUUCCCACAUUAAAAUUGAUUGAGCUGCAUCAUUGUAGCCAAGCUGCUGUCACCUGUGCAGAGGAAAUUCUACAAGAACAACAAAGCUUUGGAAAUGAAAUUCUUGCUGUCCGUUCCUACAAUACUGGAGUACAAUAUGGUGUCAUGAAAGGUGAAGGAGAUGAAGCAGUUGCCAUGGCUUCCGCCUAUGGUCCAGAUGUGACUUAUAACUACAAUCAUAUGGGCUAAGGAGUGAAAGAAGAUGAAAUAAGGGAUGCGUUCUCAACUAAGAUUAUAAGAGGCAUUAGGAAUGAGAUGAAGCAACUAUGAGCAACCUGUAGUGCUCAGGUUGGUGCGUUGUGCUUACCCCCGCACCCAACACUAUAGAGACUUUGUAAACUUGUUUUUUGAAGGGAGCACGACUAAGGCCCCUGGGAGCAAAGAUUCACGAGUUUUUCUUUCUUUCAUCUUUUCUUAGUAAUUUUAUGAUUUUUAAUACAUGUUUCAUUGUUGUCAUGACCAUGUGUGGGUAGUUUUCAUAAAUAAUGGCGAUUUAAUGUUUGAAGCUUAAUUUGACAGUUAUUGGUUUUAUCA